GGACUCCCGCGCCGGCCUGGUUUCCGCGGCGUAUGGAGGUCACCUCUCCGCAGCUCCGGCGAGCGGGGGAGGACGCCGAAGAGGCUUCCCGGUGCCUCGCGGUCCGUGGCGCCUUAGCAUCUUUGCUCCCGCGGAGCCAAAUCUGACCGAGGCUCCCCGCACCGCCACCGCGCUCUCUGCACAGACGCCUUUAUUUAUUUUUUUUGCCCUCUCUAGGUUCUCAGUGUCCACGAAAUACCCGGACACGGACGGCACUUCUGACAAAGACACCGGCUUAAUUUCUCAACGCUUAGCGUUGGAGGAGAUGAAAGCUCAAGUCCCGCGAGAGCCCGCGCGUCCCCCUCGCUUUUCCGGGCGGGAGCUCUCCUUUAAAUUUCACCGGGGCCUCUUAAGCGCUUCUCAAACGUGCCCUUAGAGAGGUUUGCCGGGCUGGUCUCAAGCAGCCGAAAUGCCUUUUUACGUGGGGCCGUUACGUUGUUGUCAUUUUCUUGCCGUUCCCUUUCAGAUGUUUCCUAUUAACCAGCGAUGGAGUUAGAAUUAAUUUAUUUUUUUUUCUUUUUCGUCCAAAGCGUUUAACGGCUCUGUAAAUCUCCGCCGCAGCAGGGGCUUUCCUGGAGCGAGCGUUGAACGGCUCGUGGCCGCUGUAGGUCGUUUCACGCGGCCUCGCUGGGUUUUAGUUGGCGUCGGGUUCGACGCCUCGCCGCGGGUCCCGUGCCCGGACCAAAGCAGCCUCCCGGCCGCCUCCGAUAUUGUAAUCCCUCCUUGACAUACUGCAGCAGCAGGAAGAAUACCUCCAGGAACUGAGGGAGUUGGAGCUUCCCGGUGAUUCGGAUGGCGGAGCCUCGCUUUAACAACCCGUACUUCUGGCCGCCCCCUCCCACCAUGCCCAGCCAGCUGGACAACCUCGUUCUGAUCAACAAAAUCAAGGAGCAGCUGAUGGCGGAGAAGAUCCGGCCGCCGCACUUGCCCCCCACCUCCGUGGCCUCCCAGCAGCCCCUCCUGGUGCCCCCCUCGCCCGCCGAGAGCAGCCAGUCCAUCAUGUCCCUGCCCAAGCUGCAGCAGGUCCCCGGCCUCCACCCGCAAGCCGUCCCCCAGCCCGACGUGGCCCUGCACGCUCGGCCGGCCACCAGCACCGUCACAGGGCUGGGGCUGGCGUCGCGGGCGCCCGCCGUCAGCACCUCCGAGUCGAGCGCGGGCACGGGCACCGCCACCCCCUCGACGCCCACCUCCACCAGCCAGAGCCGCCUCAUCGCCUCCUCGCCCACCCUCAUCUCAGGGAUCACCAGCCCGCCCCUCCUCGACUCCAUAAAGACAAUCCAGGGCCACAGCCUGCUGGGGGCACCCAAGGCCGAGCGGGGCCGCAAGAAGAUCAAGGCGGAAAACCCCUCGGGGCCGCCCGUCCUCGUGGUUCCUUACCCCAUCCUGGCCUCGGGGGAGACCGCCAAAGAGGGCAAGACCUACAGGUGUAAGGUCUGCCCCUUGACGUUCUUCACCAAGUCGGAGAUGCAGAUCCACUCCAAGUCGCACACGGAGGCCAAGCCCCACAAGUGCCCGCAUUGCUCCAAAUCCUUCGCCAACGCCUCCUACCUGGCCCAGCACCUGCGCAUCCACCUGGGCGUGAAGCCCUACCACUGCUCCUACUGCGAGAAGUCCUUCCGGCAGCUCUCCCACCUCCAGCAGCACACCAGAAUUCACACCGGCGACAGACCGUACAAGUGCCCGCACCCCGGCUGCGAAAAGGCAUUCACGCAACUCUCCAACCUCCAGUCUCACCAGCGACAGCACAACAAGGACAAGCCCUACAAGUGCCCGAACUGCUACCGGGCGUACACGGACUCGGCGUCGCUGCAGAUCCACCUCUCGGCGCACGCCAUCAAACACGCCAAGGCCUACUGCUGCAGCAUGUGCGGCCGGGCUUAUACCUCGGAGACCUAUUUGAUGAAGCACAUGUCCAAACACACCGUGGUGGAGCACCUCGUGAGCCAGCACUCGCCUCAAAGGACGGAGUCACCCGGCAUCCCCGUGCGGAUCUCGCUCAUCUGAACGGGGCUCCCUCCCGGCUCCGGGGGCACCGCGGAGACGCCGCGUCCGGACCCUCCCUCAGCGCCGCCCGGCCGCCCCCGGCCCCCCGCGCCGGGCCGCGGCGUGGCGGGCAGCCGACGGAUGCCGCCGCCGCCGCCGCCGCGCUUUGGAAAGGCGCCCGGCCGCCCCGCGGCCCCGGCCUGGCCCGGCUCCCCCGGGGCUGCGGUUUCGGUGACAUCCAAAGACGGCUUCAGAGCACUUUGAAUCUCUGCGGUUUUUUUUCGGGGAGGGAGGGUGUCCUUCUCUUUCCUCCAGUCCCUGCCCCUUUCCUUCUCUCAUUUUGGAUACAAAUAUAUAUAUAUAUUUAUUGGCCAAGAAGUUGGUGCUGCUAAAACAGAGACGAAAUAAGACACAAAACAAACCGCGGACAGAGGAAAACGCUGGAUGGCGAAGGGGCGAGAGAUUCGGGGCCCUCGACCGUCGGCUUUUUCUGCCCUUGGACUCUCCGCUGGGAGCCGCGGCCGGAGAGGGGAGCCGGCGGGACUCGAGCCGAGCCGGCAAAACCGGUGCCGCGGCGGGAUGGAGCCUGCUGUGCCGCGUCGUCGUCUGACCUCUUUGGGACGCUUUGAUUGUUUUUUUCUCUUUUUACGUUGUUUUUUUUUUUUCCUCCCCCUCCCGCUUUGGGUUACCCGCUCCCCGCGCUGCUCUCCCGGAGGACUGGCUCAGCGCGGAGCCGCGAGCGCUGGGGGCUUGGGCAGGGGUGGGGGGA